AUGACCAAGGACCAAGGACCAAAGACCUGGGACCAAGACCUGGGACCAAAGACCAAAGACCAAGGACCGCCAAGGACCAAAAUCAGGACCAGCAAGGACCAGCAAGGACCAUGGACUGAGACCAGGACCAGGACCAAGGGCAAGUUCAAGGACCAAGACCAGCAAGGACAAGGGGCCCAGGACCAAGGUCCCAGGACCAAGGACCAGCAGGACCAGGACCAGGACAGCAAGGACAAGGGCCCAAGGGCCAAGGUAGGGAGACCAGGUAGAGACCAAGGACAACAAGGACCAGAGACCAGGGCCAACAAGGACCAACAGGACCAAGGUCCCACAGGACCAGGACCAACAAGUACAAGACCAGAGACCAACAAGGACCAGCAAGGACCAGGACCAUAG